AUGCGACCCCAGUCGAUAGAAAUUCAAAGUCAAGCGUCCCCAGAAAGACCCUGCACUCCACGCAAGCGCCUACAGCUUGCGCAGGAGGAAGAUCGCAAGACCAGCCAGAAAAUUACCCGCGAGGCCAGCAUUCACGGCUACUCAGCACUUUUUGUGGGAACAGUAAUGCAGGCAGUCGUCGCUUCCAAGAGUACCCGAGGAUGA